GGCCGUUGUGCAAAUGAUGGGUGCUUUCCCAUGGAGCCCGCGGAGACGGAUCCUACUACUUAAUGCAGCUCAACCCCUCGCGGGCCAUUGUUGAUUAUUACACGAUAUACUUCAUCCUGUGUGUUAUUCCUCGAUCGCAGCAACAUGUCUUCCUCUACUACACUUGACAAAAUCAACGUUGUCAACGACCCUCGGAUCCGUCGCUGCUCUGCCGCCAUCAAUGGCAAGACAUAUGGAUAUCUCCUCGCCGAGCCUGAGGGCGGCUUUACUCGCACGGUCUUCUUGAUUCACGGUUUCCCAGACUUGUCCAUGGGAUGGAGAUACCAGAUUCCUGUCUUUCUCAAACUUGGCUUCCGCGUCGUUGCUGUUGACUGUAUUGGAUAUGGGCGAUCAGAUGCACCAACUGGGUCUCUCGAUGCCUAUUCCUACAAGUCGCAUGCCGACGACUUGGCCGAACUUGGAAAGCAACUCGGCUGCGAGAAUAUCGUUCUCGCCGGUCAUGACUGGGGCUCGGUGAUUGCCUCCCGUUUUGCUCUCUACCACCCUUCUUUCAUUACCCAUCUCAUUCUCUUCGUUGUCCCAUAUCUCCCUCCCUCGCCGAAAUACAUUGAUACGGCAGAUCUCGCCAAGAUCGUCCCCACAGUUGGGUACCAACUGCAAUUCGGCAGCGCAGAAGGUGUGGUUGAGUCCCAUACUCAAGAGAAGGAAGGUAUCCGUGCUUUCCUCAAUGGCCUGUACGGUGGGGCCACUCCUGAAGGCAAAUUUGCCAUGGACUCAACCCGCGGUUUUGACUUCGAGGUGGCCACCAAGCUGGGUCAUACAAGAUUGCUCAGUGAGGAAGAACUGAAGUAUUACGUAGAGGAGUACUCGAGAAAUGGACUCCAAGGACCUUGCAACUACUACCGUAUUCGCCAACAAAGCUGGACGAAUGAGCAGUCCCUCCUGGCCCAGGGCAAAGAGGCGAUCUCAAUCAAGUGCCCCGUGCUUUACGUUCAUGCGCUUGCUGACCUUGUGGUCAACUCGGAGAUGCCCAAAGCCAUGGUACCAUUCGUGCCAAAUCUCACUGUGAAAGAAGUCGAGGCAGGGCAUUGGGCUCUGUGGCAGAAACCAGCGGAGGUUAAUGCCUUUGUGACGGAGUGGCUGCAGCAGCAGGGACUUGUUGACUCAUCUAAGCUUCGACAAGAAAUCACCCCUCAUUGGCUUACGCCCCCAAGAAGGCGGGAUGAGCGAGAACAAAGCGACAUUCAUGACGCCGUGGUUGAGGAAAGUGACGAUGCACAUUCCAUUAUAACCCCUUCAAAGCAUACCCCAAAGGCGUUUCGAGUCUUACGCGGCUCUGUAUCGGCUGGUGGGCCUCUGCGUCCUUUUCGAUUGGUGAAGCAGGAUAUCAUCAACCUGCGCCGGCGAUAUGUUUCGGAUUGGACUAUAUUCAACCAAUUGAUCUUCGCUAGCGCGGUAUAUGUAUUCUUUACCAAUCUCCUCCCGGGGAUCACUUUUGCCAGUGACUUGUAUGUCUUGACUGGCAAGACAUGGGGAACGAUUGAGGUUGUGCUUAGUACGGGACUCUGUGGAAUUGUCUUCUCUUUGUAUGCUGUGCCCUUCCUCCCUUUCAUGGCAUGGUCUUUGAUUCAUGCAGCCUGGUUGCAUUAUAUAUUAGCCAUAAUCAAUGCCCACGACUGGACUAUGCGCUAUGUGACAACAUUCGCCACAGAAAUCUUCUCUCUCUUGAACAGCAUUAUAUAUUUCCACAAGGCCAUCCAGGAGCUUGAAAGAGCACACGACACUCUCUCAUUCGCUGCUUUCCUAUACGCGGUAAUCGGCGCCGUCGGAACCAUGCUCUUCGCCAUCUUUCUCUCCACAGCCGAGAGUUGGAAACCUUUAUUCCAUCGCUACAUCCGAAUGGGGCUCACGGAGUACGCCGCUGCCAUAUCUAUCAUCGUCUUCAUCGCCAUGCCCCAUAUCGGCGAAUUGGCACACCUUGAUAAGAUGACUCUUCCCGUCAGUAGCUCCUUCAAACCUACAUCACCAGACCGUGACAAGUUUUUCGUCGAGUUCUGGACCUUACCCGUCGGAUGGGUCUUCGCCGCCAUAGUUCCAGGAGUCAUAAUCACCAUCCUCUUCUUUUUCGAUCACGAAGUAAGCUCCAUCAUAUGCACAAUCGACAGAUACGGCACCCGCAAACCCGGCGGCUUCGCAUGGGACAUCAUCCUGCUGGGCACAACAACUGCUCUCUGCGGAAUCCUGGGCAUCCCACCCGCCAACGGCCUCUUGCCCCAGGCUCCCCUGCAUUCCGAAUCACUCAUGCAUUCGGAGCGAGAACAGCGCACCGUCGUGACAGAUGGCGAAGAGAAAGUUGAGACGCACGAAGUUAAGCGCGUUUACGAACAGCGCUGGUCCUCUUUCUUGCACGCAGGGGCUAUCCUUCUUUUCGUCAGUCCGCCGUUCAUGAAAGUCCUCGGCUUAACGCCGACGAGUGUUCUCGCCGGUUUAUUCAUGUUCAUGGGUGAGCAGAGCUUAUCGGUCAACCCUAUAUUAUACCGAACCUUUUAUCUUCUUACCCCUCCAUCUGAACUCCCGUCUUUACCAUCUUCUCUUGCGAAGAAACCAGGGGAUCCGGAUCUUAAUGACAGUAGCACUCCACCACGUCCCUCUUACAUCCCCAUCCACCUAUAUACUAUCCUACAGAUCGUCAUCACGGUGGCUAUCUUCAUCGUCACCCUGACGCGAGGUGCUCCCGCCUUCCCCGUUUUAAUCGUGGCUCUUGUUCCCUUCCGCCUACUAGUAAUGAAACGCUGGUGGCCGCGCGAGGUCCUCCGCUUUGUCGAUGCCUGGGCUUGUAGAGAAGGUACUCCUGAGGACGAUGAAGAUGCAGAGGCAAAGAAGGAUGAGCUUAGCGGCGACGAUAUCACCGGUCGUGCCGGUCUGGGUACCGAGGCAGUUGGGACCUUUUCCUCGCAGUUAGAUGAAUCCAGGCGUAAGCCAUCUGGGACGCAUCCUGGAGCGCCAGCUGUGAUAUCUAGAUCUACGUCUCAUCCGGGUGAGGUUGAUAUUGCGGAUAGGAGUGACUCUGGACAGGAGUGGGUGGAACUUGAGUAUCGGACGCGACAAGACGAGGAAUUGGGUCGGUCGAUCAAGGGGUGUUGA